AUGGCUGUACGGACGUGGUGGGAUCGUAAAGUCCACCACGACUCUAAUGAAAAAAAAUAUUAUUAUGAGAAUAAGAACGGUAAGAUUUUCCUUGAACUCAAAACUCUUGAUACCAUUCCCGGCUACAGAACAAUCACUCAUUAUAAAAAAGACGGCAAAAUAACCGAGAUUAAGAAAGAUGGGAAGAUUCUAGAGGGUUUUGGUAAUUUAAGUGCGAGCAGAAUCACAGCUUACUACUGGACGGGUGAUUAUCUUUACAAAACUCCGCCAAUUAUCCAACUGAACGAUGACUAUGACUUUUACGUUUUUGAGAAAGAUAACAAAUGGAAAAAAGAUGAUAGCAUACUUUAUGCCAAUUUAAGAGAGACUUUGGAGAGGCAAAACUGUAAGAGGAAUAAAGCUCAUCAUGUUAAUAUGAAAAGGAAGAAAUUUCCAAAAAAAUACAAGUGCUUAACUAAAGGUUGUGGUGUAGAGAUUGAGGAAAUAUUCACACCCUAUCAGGAUUACGCUCAAUCUUUACAUAAGAUUUCCGAUGGCUCGCUGACUAGAUUUAAUGAGAGUAUUUUCGAGCAAUAUGGACUUCCAUCCUUUGAGAGUGUCAAGGAGGUUUAUGUAUUCUUUUAUCCUAAGGGCAGUGGAACUCCUUUUUUGAUGUACUUUAAGGAUUUGGAGAAAUGGUAUAGAAGAAAUGAUAACGAUUUGACAAAGUGGUAUGAAAUGAUGGAUGAUUAUAAACCUAAAGGUGAUGGAAAGGAUAAGGAAAUACUGAAAAGCUUUUUCGCAAAAUAUAUCCCAAGAAUUACAAUUGACGCAGAUUACUAUAACGAGGGUGAGAAGACAUAUAAAGCGGACAGUCAUACUAUUACUGUAACAAAAAAGACAAUUGGAAAAGACUUUUACCAGUUUACUCAUUCUGGAGGGGACAAUAAACCAUUUCUAAUAAAAGAUGUUCUUAAGAAUGGGAAGGAGCAAGGUGUAAAAUUGGAUGAUACUCUCACCAGUUUGUCAUUUUUCUAUCUUGGGGAAGAUCCAAAGGGUAAGGAUUACCUUCUAGCUGAGACACUUAAGCACAGAAGCAGCAGUAGGUACAUAUACUACUCGAGUCUAAUUCCCCCAAAAUUCCCGUAUGCUGUAGCCAUUAAAUCAGUUACCAGACCACAAGAUAGUGAGAUUAUUUCGAAACUCAAACAAGCAAUUGAAGAAACUGAGAAAACAAAGUUCAGCGAGCAGGAUAUUGCUGAAACGGUAACAACAUCAGUAAAAGCUACUCUUUGGACUAUGUUUGGAAGUGCUUUAGGAUACGGUGGUUGGAAAACGUUUAUUGCAUUAUUGCCACUUUUAUAA